AUGGGAGGCGGGCACGGGAUGGGCGCAGAGAUGGAGCUCUCGUUGGUGGCAGCUCUGCAGGCAUCCUCCAUGCCUGCUUCGUUGCUUCAAGCUCUGAGGACUCUUGACCAGGAGCUAGGGGAGGAAACGGAGCGCGAGGCCCUGGAUGGGGUCGUCGACAGCCUGGUGGAGUGGUUCCUUCAUGAGUCAAGGGCUCCUAGAACGGCAGAUGGCGAUGAUCUCGGCUUGUGCCUCAGGGCGGCGUGCUGGCUAGCCCCUCGUUUCGCCAACCUCUCCUCUUGCAGCGACCCCCGGCCCCAAGCCGUAGACGAAACCGCCGAUGAACUCAACAACGGCAGCCAGGCCACAACCACCACCACGGCAACACCAGAAACGCCUGCCCCGGGGGAGGCAAGCGAGGACCUUGGAGAACGUCAGGGUCAUACUACAGCAGCACGAGACGACGGUGAGGAGCCGUUGCAGCUCCUGCUGGAGCUGGGAGCAGGCCGGCUGGGCGCCGGGGUAGACGGCAUCCGCAAGUCCCUGUCUCUGAUGGCGGGGGACCUGGGCCCCAAGAGCAUGCGCGUGCGCCGGGCGUUCGCCUCGGCGCUCCGGGCGCACCUGGGCACCGUGCGCUUGGACUCGGUGUUCCGGUUCGACGCGCCCAAGGCCGGUCCACCGAGCGGGAACGGGGGCGUGGUGUCGUCCCCCGGCCGCCUGGCGCUGCCGCCCAUGCUCAGCUGGGCGUCCUUCCGCAAGUACACGGUUACGAUGUGGGUUCGGCUGGACCCCGCCUAUUCCGGCGCGGAUGCCGCAACCUUGUUCAGGUUUCGCAACGCGGAAGGCGUGGGGGUGGAGGCCACUCUCUCCGGGGCAGCGGCGGCGCCGGCGACGGCGGGCAAGCAGCCGCCGCCGCCGCCGCCGCGGGGGAGGAGAGAGAUAGUGGUGACGUCAUUCCAGCGCAAGAGCUUCAGCGCUCGCUGCAGGUUUGGGCCGCCCGCUGAGGCGGUGCACCUGGGCGGGGGCGGCGUGGGGGACGGGGGAAGGCAAGACGGGUGGCGCUUCGUCGCGGUGAGCCACGGGCAGCCGUACGUGAAGAGGUCUGGGCGGCUGAGGGUGUCGGUAGACGGGGGAGUGGUUCUCGACACCGAGCUCCAGUACCCCCCGGCGACGGGCCAGGGCUCGAAGGAUCCCAUGUCAAGGUGUUGCUUCUGCGAAGGCUUCGUGGGCGAGGCCGGGUCGCUUGCCCUGUACGGGGACGAGCUCGACAUGGGUGCGGUGAGGGCGUUGCUGGCGGCGGGACCGAAUCACCUCGGUGCUGCGCAGCCCUUGCCCGUGGCGACGUCGGACACCCUCCCACCUCUUCUGCACACCCAGGGCGCAAAGGCCGCCGCGAGCGCCCGUCUGGUGGCGGCGUUCCUGCCGCGCAUGUGCACCGACGGCGUGUGCCCAGCGUGGCGCCCGGGCGGGACUGUGGACCUCCACAACGUCGUCAUGGCGAGGUGUGUCGUUGUUCUCCCAGACGUGGACGCAGCACUGCUGGCUCGCCGUUUUCCAACGAUCUUGGGGGUGUCGUAG